GGACGACAGAUACCAUGUAUGCAAUUAAUUGAUGACCUCAAAAGAUUCAUGAUUCAUAAUGCUGAGUUGGGCAAUUCUCUGCGCAAUUCAUAACACGACAAUACAUCAUGGCGACCUCAUCUUACAUCUGUGUCUCUUGUAGACAGCGGGCACUAUCAGCAGUAAAACCGAGUCAGCUCAACAGCGUACGGAGAGCCUUCUCAUCCCGGACCCUCACCUUCACCAGCGCCACCCCAGACCCUCUGGCCUCACGAGCGUCGAGAUGCUUAAUGCGAAGCAAAGAAGGUUCCCUACGCAUCAGUAGCAUACCAUCGUUUACCUUGAGGAGCCAAACUGCUGUCCGCUGGUUAUCAUCAGGCUCUGUCUACAUGCGAUCAACUCAGACGACCAUAGGAUCUUCACAACCUGAUACAACGACACCUCCUCCAUCGGCACCUGAUAAGUCCAUUAUAACAAUCUUGCCACGGGCUAGAGAGCGGCUCCGAGCCAUCGCGAAGACAUCCGACCAACCCAUUCGUCUCCGCAUCAGCGUGCUGCCUGGCGGCUGCCACGGCUUUCAGUACAUAUUCACACUCGAAGACCUGUCAUCGCCAAAUUCGGCGACGUCACCGCAGGAGGAAUUCGAUCCGGAGGAAGACCGAGAGUUUGGCGAUGACGCAGAUGGCGCGAAGGUGGUGGUAGACGAGAGUAGCUUGGAAGUCAUUGGAGGGGCAAAGGUGGAUUACGCCAUGGAAUUGAUUGGGAGCCAGUUUAAAGUGGUGGAUAUACCCGGGGCGUCGAGUAGUUGUGGGUGUGGGGCCAGUUUUGAUGUUCAGGAAUAAGACAGUUUCAAGAUAUUGUCAUGUCAAUGUUAGGAUAGACAGCCCAAAGUAGGAACUGUUAAACGGUAUCAUUUGCGCUAUGAACACGCCUCAUCACGACUUUAUGUCGGCUGCUGAAUAGCCAACUGCAAAUCUUGCGUUCCCGCCCGAGAUCAACAGUCGAACCCC